CAUUUGGCAGGGUUUCGAAGUAGAACUGCUGCUCCUCCACUUCGAAUGGAGUCAUUUGAGGUGGUUCAGGUAUCUAUCUAGGAUGCCCCCUGGAUGCCUCUCUGGGAAGGUUCUUCAGGCAUGUUCCACCAGGAGGAGACCCGAGGAUAGACCCAGGAGAGACAGGAGAGAAUACUUCUUGCACAAUCAGUGGUUUUCCAUAUUAUUUUAUGGGCACAUAUAAUUUUAAUAUUUGAAUGUUUUCAUGUACACUUUAUGUUCAACAGCUGGUGGUGAAUGGACACAGUGAAAUUAUUAAUGAAGAUGCAUAUACAGAAGGACAUAAUCUGAAAAUUAAUUGGUGUGCAUUGUCCCCAAUACUCCAUUGCUCAAACCACACUUCACGAACGUGUCUGUCUCAUUAAGUUUUAUAGUUAUUAGUCGACAAAGUCCAUGUACAAUACAAAAAAGACCGAUCACAUAAUAUUGAGAUGGGAAGACAAGUUUCUAAAAGUACAUAAAUUGGUCUAUGUAAAAAUUGUAUAAGCAAAUAAAAAGCUGAACUGAGAUUAAUUCAUUCGAAGUUGAUAUUAAAGGUAGUUUAUUAUAGAACAUUAAACGAAACAGGCAAAAUACAUGACUACUGAAAACUAACAUUAACAUGGGUGCAUUGUGACACAUUCCUGCUUCAUUUAUACAUAAUUCAGAAUAAAUAGUUUUGUUCAGUGGUUUGCUUAGAGCGUUUGACUCCUUGGCCUUUAAUUGUGUAAAUGAAUUCAGAAAGAGGUCUUAAUGUUAAUGCUAGCAUACUUGACUAUAAAGGUUAUGCAAAAUAGGAGACUGACCAUCAACAAAUAUAUUUGUACAUUUAGCCUGUCAAUUUAUGUCUUAGCCUAUUAUCACUAAAACAAUACAUAUGACAUAUUAUGUGCACUGUAUGUGCACAUUAACAACGCAUUAAUAUUGUGGCCACCUCUAGACAUACCUUUGCCACCCUGCUUAAAAAUUCCUAGAACUGCCUCCCCACACAGGUAGAACAUACAAACUCCAUGUACAGGGGCCAGGGGUGGAAUUUAAACUUUCAGUCGUGGAGAUGUGCGACGACAUUUUUACCCACGAGCCAUCCUGCUUCUCAAAGUAGUUGUACAUAUUAUUAAACAUCUUCUAUGACCGUUUCUCCAGGUAUAAGGACGCCAAUCCCAGGAAGUACAGGGCAUGAUCCAAUGCAUAAUUACAAGAAAAAAAUAUACAAAUGUUGUUUUGAUUGCGCUGCAAAUGAAUUUGAUCCAUUUUUAAGUCAUAUGCCGAUUAUAGCUAAGAAGCAGCACAGAAAGGAAAACCUCUUCUUGUCUAGUACGAGAGAUAUGCAAUGGAAAAAAACGAGACUUGAAAGCACGAGUGCAUCUUUUCGCCGCAGAAUCAGACAGGCACGAGCUUUGAAUAGAGGAAAAGUUGCUGAACGUGAAGACUUCCGCUGUUUAUCAGCGAACAGUGUACGCAGGCGGGACGUCUGCAAGGACUGUGAGCGCUGGAUCGGCACGAACACCCGCACACAUACAGACACCUUUGCCUUCUAUUUUCCAGACGUUACUCCGCUGUCGGACUGCGUAAAUUUGUAAAGGCUGAACUUUAAAACGUUUGCCAUAAAUAUGGCGAGUUUGAAGGCGUUUCAGGAGCAGACUGCUAAAGUCCUAAGGAAGGACCCUGAUGCACUCAUGGGAAUUGGCAAGGAACUGAAGUAAAGUGCCAGAUACAGAUCAUAUCAUCUCUGAGCCAGUGGAGGAUACUGAUCCCAGCUGCUUUGAAUCAAAAAUGUCCUUAAAAUCCACCCAUCCUGUUCAAGUCACGGAGCCUCAAGACCCAGUGACCUUGCAGCUAACGUCCAUGCCGCCUGGUUACCUGACGCCUUCCUCUGAACGGAUACAGCAGCCGGUUGACAGUGGGAGCAAGUAUGUAUAUCCCGGAACAAUUUCAUCAGAUUUAUUCAAAGAACUGCAGUGUUCAAAUGGCUCCUGUGACAAGUGCUGUUGCCUGGCACCCCCACCCAAGAUCAGUGACCUGAUGAAUGACGAGGACCUUCUCUACACGCUACGCCUGAAGCUGGACCCCAGCCAUUGCACCAUCAAGAACUGGAAGAACUUCGCCAGUCGCUGGGGCAUGACCUAUGACGAGCUAGUGCUGCUGGAGCACCGGACACAGGGCUCUGCUCACAGCCCCACACAGGAGUUCCUGCGACGCUACAACGAGAAGAGUGUCACAGAGCUCACCGAGCUGUGCCGAAUCUACCAGCGCAUUGACGUGCUGCGUGUGCUGCAGCGGUGGGUGGAGAAUGACUGGCCGUCCCGCUGGCAGAAAGCACAUUAGACUGCUAGCUGAGCUGGGCCCCAACUGUGGCCCUUAUCUCUAUAAACCGUGUGGGUUUCUCAUCAUUGCCACACUUUUGUUUUGGUUGCUGUUUAACCGGAGGAGGACUGACCCUCUGGCACAGUUACUCCUGUAGGUUACAAGCCUUGUGGUAACAUUGUCAGUGUUUUUAUGGACUGACUGAGAACAGCAAACACGCACAUCACUCUACAGAUGAAUUCUGCUUCCAAAGCGAGUGUAGACAAACACUCAAGGAUGAGACUCUGCUAUUGACAUCUCUCUCCCACAACAUCAAGCUCCUUCCACUUGCAGCUCUCUCUUGUGCAGCAGUGUCACUCUUAUAAUAAGAACAGAGUGGCUUAUUCUGUGCAUGUUCUCCACUGGUGUCUUCAGUUGUAUUCUGGAUAAUUAGACUACUGUGUUUCCUGAACUCUUUAAUUUGUGCGUGUUCUUAGUUUAUACAUUUGUGAUCAUGAUGGUUAUUAAUCAUUUGUCGACCCAUUAAAAUCAAUAAAGUGCACUACUGUCUAGGA